AAGGUGUAGUUUAGGAGUAGGUUAGAUUUGCCGUUUCAAAAAAAAAAAAAAAAGUAUUUAAAAUCUCAUAUUCAAUUAAUUUCUUUAAGAAAGACUAGACGCUGGCUCAUAAAAAUUGUCAAAACUUAAAAGGAGGAAAACACCUACAAAAGUCAAACUUGACAUUUAGGUUUAUUCCUAUAAGAGGGACAAAAUAGUAAACUGGUCUCAUACCAUGUGAUGACGACAAAAGGCGCCCAACUGUGAAUAAACAAAUCCCUUGAAAGCUCUCAUCCACCAUUUUCCAGCUUUUAGCAACUUUCAAGGACUCAUUUAUUGAUACUGACACACAAAUCUCUUAUUUUCCUGAAUUCAACCACAUAUUUAUAAUUCUUAUCUACCCAUUUUUGCUCACAAUCUCUUCACAUGUUAGUUCACAUAACAUUUCCUUCUCUCUGAAACUGAUUAUAAGCUUAUAUUCUUCUUUACCAUGUCCAUGAGAAAAGCUUAAAAACGAAAACCCAAACCAUUCAUGGCAGCUUUGAAUCUGCUCUUUUACAUUGCGUUUCUUUCUUUACUGCCAUUAGAGACCACAUCGACAUCAACAAUACAAGCACAAGCUCUUAUAAGAUGGAAGCGUACCUUAUCAUCAACUUCUGAUGAUGAUGAUGAUGCUUUACUGGAUUCAUGGUCUUCGAGAAACAUUCAGAAACUCUGCAACUGGACUGGUAUUGUCUGCAAUGAAGGUGGUCUGGUUUCCAAAAUUACCCUCCAAGAUUCAUCUCUCUCUGGAACGCUAACAGAGUUUGAGUUUUCUUCAUUCCCAAAUCUUACCCACUUGGAUAUAAGCAAUAACGAUGUCAGUGGGUCGAUUCCAUCCGCCAUUGGCAACCUCACCAGCAUCAUGUUCUUGGAUUUGAGCUCAAAUGGUUUCGAAGAUGAAAUCCCAUCUGAGAUUGGAAGGCUAACACAGUUGAGGUAUCUGAAUCUUAAUGACAAUAAUCUGAAUGGUGUUAUUCCGUUUCAGAUCAGCAAUCUUCAAAAGGUAUGGUACUUGAAUCUUGGAGGGAAUUACUUGACUAAUCCAAACUGGUCUGACUUUUCAAGUAUGCCAGCUUUGACUUUUCUUAACUUCUACCUCAAUAAUCUUGACAAUGGCUUCCCCGAUUUCAUUCUCCAGUGCAAGAAGUUGACUUUUCUUGAUUUGUCAAUAAACCAAUUCAAUGGCUCAUUACCUGAAUCCUUAUUCACCAAUCUCAACAAGCUUGAAUACUUUAAUGUCUCUGAUAAUUUGUUUCAAGGUCCAUUGUCAAAGGGGUUCUACAAUCUUACUAAAUUGAAAGAUCUUAAAUUAGGAAACAACCAAUUCUCAGGUCCAAUCUUGAAAGAUUUGGAUUUGAUGCCGAAUCUUGAAGUCAUUGAAUUGUUUGGUAAUUCAUUUCAUGGAGAGAUUCCUUCUUCUAUCGGUUACCUUCGAAAUCUUCGGUACCUUGAUCUUCACUCAAAUAACCUCAAUUCUUCGAUUCCGUCUGAGAUUGGAUUCUGUUCUAAUCUCACCUUCUUGGCUCUCGCCGGAAACUCGUUUUCCGGUGAAUUGCCUUUCUCUUUGUCAAAUCUGACCCGGAUUUCUGAUCUUGGUCUCUCGGAAAACAAUUUUUCGGGUGAAAUUUCUUCUGAUUUCAUCAGCAAUUGGACCCAAAUGGUUUCCUUGCAGGUUCAAAACAAUCUCUUCUCUGGGAAAAUCCCACAGGAGAUUGGCCUCUUGUCAAAUCUGAGUGUUCUCUUUCUGUAUAAUAACAGCUUCACAGGCCCCAUUCCUAUGGAGAUUGGGAACUUGGAGAAUCUUAGGAGUUUGGAUCUUUCAGACAAUCAGAUAUCGGGUUCAAUACCUUCCACGAUUGGAAACUUGGUUAAACUUGAAGAUAUGCAGCUUUUUUCUAAUGAUCUCAAUGGAACAAUUCCACCGGAGAUUGGAAACUUGACUUCUUUGGUCAAACUUGACUUGAACACAAACCGGUUGAGUGGCGAGUUGCCUAACACUCUCUCCAAACUUUCAAAUUUGAUGGUUCUUUCGCUUUUUAGCAAUGGGUUUUCAGGUGGUAUUCCUGCAGAUUUAGGCAAGAGCAAUCUUGUUUUGACAAAUGUGAGCUUUUCAAACAACAGUUUCACUGGAGAACUACCGGCUGAACUGUGCAGUGGCUUUCAGUUUGAUCAGUUCACUGUGAAUGGAAACAAAUUCACGGGAAUAUUACCAGAUUGCUUAAGGAACUGCACGGGUCUACGUCGCAUUAGGCUGGAUGGUAACCACUUCUCUGGUGACAUUUCACAAACACUUGGUGUGCACCCAAAUCUCACAUACAUCAAUCUCCGUGACAAUCAGUUUACCGGUGAAAUCAAUCCCCAGUUGGGAAAAUUACAAGACCUAACCAAUCUGGAGUUGGGAAGAAACAGAAUCUCAGGGAAAAUUCCGCCUGAGCUUGGAGACUUGCUAGAGUUAAGUGUUCUAAGCCUCGAAUGGAACCAACUUACAGGCGAAAUCCCAAGUGAAUUGGACAAAUUAAACAAUUUGUUCAAUCUCAAUCUCAGCAACAAUCAGUUAAGUGGACAAAUCCCUCCAGCCUUCGGCAACUUAACCAACCUCCAAGCUCUCGAUUUAUCUAGCAACGAUCUGAAUGGAAACAUACCAACAACAAUUGGGAAUUGUGUAAGGUUAUCAAGCUUGAAUUUGAGCAACAAUGAUUUGUCAGGAGAAGUGCCUUAUCAGAUCGGAAACUUGUUCGGAUUGCGGUAUGUGUUGGAUCUUAGCAGCAAUUCAUUCUCCGGCAGAAUUCCUCAAGAUCUGGCGAAGCUCAACACACUCCAGAAUCUUAAUCUUUCUCAUAACCAUUUCUCAGGUCGAAUUCCUCCAGGGAUAUCUACUUCCAUGAUUAGCUUGCAAUCAAUCGAUCUCUCGCACAACAAUUUGUCAGGACCAAUCCCGAACGACGGUGUAUUCAAACAGGCACCGGCAGAAUCCUUUACCGGAAAUCCGUAUCUGUGUGGAUCAGAAAAUGGAUAUCUUCCUUGUGACGGCAGCGCUUCAUCGAAAAAAUCCGGAAAUAAGAAACUGCUUAUCGCAGUUCUUGUACCGGCGGUCACUUUCGUCUUCAUGGCAACAACGAUUGCUAUCUUCUGUAUAAUCAUUCGAAGAAGAUCAAAACGUAUCGACGAAGAGAUCAAAAGUACCACAACAAUUGGAAAUUCCGAAACAGUUAUUUGGGAAAGAGACGGCAGAUUUACGUUCGGAGACAUCGUGAAAGCAACCGGAAACUUCAACGAGAUGUAUUGCAUCGGAAGAGGGGGAUUCGGGAGUGUGUAUAAAGCGAAGCUACCAACCGGACAGAUAGUGGCGGUGAAACGUCUGCACGUGUCGGAUUCCGACGAUGUUCCGGCGAUAAACAAGAAAAGCUUCGAGAACGAAAUACGUGCCCUAACGGAAGUCCGUCAUCGGAAUAUCAUCAAACUCUACGGAUACUGUUGUAGGGAAGGCGGGAUGCAUUUAGUAUAUGAAUACUUAGAAAAGGGUAGUUUGGGAAAAGUACUCUACGAAGAAGGAAGGGCAAUAUCAGAAUUAGACUGGAUUACUAGGGUUAAAAUCGUCCAAGGACUCGCACAUGCAUUAGCCUACUUGCACCACGACUGCAAUCCUCCGGUUGUACAUCGGGAUGUCUCGUCAAACAAUAUUUUGCUCGAGUCCGAGAUGAUCCCCCGACUGUCUGAUUUUGGGACAGCCAAAUUGUUGAACCCGGACUCGAGUAACUGGACCGGAGUUGCUGGAUCAUAUGGUUACAUGGCACCAGAACUUGCACUCACAAUGAGGGUUACAGAGAAAUGUGAUGUCUACAGCUUUGGAGUCGUAUCAUUUGAGAUUAUGAUGGGAAGACAUCCUGGAGAGCUUUUGUCAUCUUUGCAAUCAUCAAAUAGGAUCUCUACAUCUCAAGAUAAUUCAAAUAUGUUGUUGAAAGACGUCCUUGAUCAGAGACUCCUGCCUCCUAAUGAUAGUGUCGCCGAACAAGUGGUGUCUGUGCUUAAUUUUGCUCUAGCGUGUACACGAUUAGCACCCGAGUCAAGACCUUCGAUGCGUACUAUUGCACAAGAAUUAUCGGCUAGUACUCAACCUUAGAUUCCUUCUUCUAUCGGUUACCUUCGAAAUCUUCGGUACCUUGAUCUUCACUCAAAUAACCUCAAUUCUUCGAUUCCGUCUGAGAUUGGAUUCUGUUCUAAUCUCACCUUCUUGGCUCUCGCCGGAAACUCGUUUUCCGGUGAAUUGCCUUUCUCUUUGUCAAAUCUGACCCGGAUUUCUGAUCUUGGUCUCUCGGAAAACAAUUUUUCGGGUGAAAUUUCUUCUGAUUUCAUCAGCAAUUGGACCCAAAUGGUUUCCUUGCAGGUUCAAAACAAUCUCUUCUCUGGGAAAAUCCCACAGGAGAUUGGCCUCUUGUCAAAUCUGAGUGUUCUCUUUCUGUAUAAUAACAGCUUCACAGGCCCCAUUCCUAUGGAGAUUGGGAACUUGGAGAAUCUUAGGAGUUUGGAUCUUUCAGACAAUCAGAUAUCGGGUUCAAUACCUUCCACGAUUGGAAACUUGGUUAAACUUGAAGAUAUGCAGCUUUUUUCUAAUGAUCUCAAUGGAACAAUUCCACCGGAGAUUGGAAACUUGACUUCUUUGGUCAAACUUGACUUGAACACAAACCGGUUGAGUGGCGAGUUGCCUAACACUCUCUCCAAACUUUCAAAUUUGAUGGUUCUUUCGCUUUUUAGCAAUGGGUUUUCAGGUGGUAUUCCUGCAGAUUUAGGCAAGAGCAAUCUUGUUUUGACAAAUGUGAGCUUUUCAAACAACAGUUUCACUGGAGAACUACCGGCUGAACUGUGCAGUGGCUUUCAGUUUGAUCAGUUCACUGUGAAUGGAAACAAAUUCACGGGAAUAUUACCAGAUUGCUUAAGGAACUGCACGGGUCUACGUCGCAUUAGGCUGGAUGGUAACCACUUCUCUGGUGACAUUUCACAAACACUUGGUGUGCACCCAAAUCUCACAUACAUCAAUCUCCGUGACAAUCAGUUUACCGGUGAAAUCAAUCCCCAGUUGGGAAAAUUACAAGACCUAACCAAUCUGGAGUUGGGAAGAAACAGAAUCUCAGGGAAAAUUCCGCCUGAGCUUGGAGACUUGCUAGAGUUAAGUGUUCUAAGCCUCGAAUGGAACCAACUUACAGGCGAAAUCCCAAGUGAAUUGGACAAAUUAAACAAUUUGUUCAAUCUCAAUCUCAGCAACAAUCAGUUAAGUGGACAAAUCCCUCCAGCCUUCGGCAACUUAACCAACCUCCAAGCUCUCGAUUUAUCUAGCAACGAUCUGAAUGGAAACAUACCAACAACAAUUGGGAAUUGUGUAAGGUUAUCAAGCUUGAAUUUGAGCAACAAUGAUUUGUCAGGAGAAGUGCCUUAUCAGAUCGGAAACUUGUUCGGAUUGCGGUAUGUGUUGGAUCUUAGCAGCAAUUCAUUCUCCGGCAGAAUUCCUCAAGAUCUGGCGAAGCUCAACACACUCCAGAAUCUUAAUCUUUCUCAUAACCAUUUCUCAGGUCGAAUUCCUCCAGGGAUAUCUACUUCCAUGAUUAGCUUGCAAUCAAUCGAUCUCUCGCACAACAAUUUGUCAGGACCAAUCCCGAACGACGGUGUAUUCAAACAGGCACCGGCAGAAUCCUUUACCGGAAAUCCGUAUCUGUGUGGAUCAGAAAAUGGAUAUCUUCCUUGUGACGGCAGCGCUUCAUCGAAAAAAUCCGGAAAUAAGAAACUGCUUAUCGCAGUUCUUGUACCGGCGGUCACUUUCGUCUUCAUGGCAACAACGAUUGCUAUCUUCUGUAUAAUCAUUCGAAGAAGAUCAAAACGUAUCGACGAAGAGAUCAAAAGUACCACAACAAUUGGAAAUUCCGAAACAGUUAUUUGGGAAAGAGACGGCAGAUUUACGUUCGGAGACAUCGUGAAAGCAACCGGAAACUUCAACGAGAUGUAUUGCAUCGGAAGAGGGGGAUUCGGGAGUGUGUAUAAAGCGAAGCUACCAACCGGACAGAUAGUGGCGGUGAAACGUCUGCACGUGUCGGAUUCCGACGAUGUUCCGGCGAUAAACAAGAAAAGCUUCGAGAACGAAAUACGUGCCCUAACGGAAGUCCGUCAUCGGAAUAUCAUCAAACUCUACGGAUACUGUUGUAGGGAAGGCGGGAUGCAUUUAGUAUAUGAAUACUUAGAAAAGGGUAGUUUGGGAAAAGUACUCUACGAAGAAGGAAGGGCAAUAUCAGAAUUAGACUGGAUUACUAGGGUUAAAAUCGUCCAAGGACUCGCACAUGCAUUAGCCUACUUGCACCACGACUGCAAUCCUCCGGUUGUACAUCGGGAUGUCUCGUCAAACAAUAUUUUGCUCGAGUCCGAGAUGAUCCCCCGACUGUCUGAUUUUGGGACAGCCAAAUUGUUGAACCCGGACUCGAGUAACUGGACCGGAGUUGCUGGAUCAUAUGGUUACAUGGCACCAGAACUUGCACUCACAAUGAGGGUUACAGAGAAAUGUGAUGUCUACAGCUUUGGAGUCGUAUCAUUUGAGAUUAUGAUGGGAAGACAUCCUGGAGAGCUUUUGUCAUCUUUGCAAUCAUCAAAUAGGAUCUCUACAUCUCAAGAUAAUUCAAAUAUGUUGUUGAAAGACGUCCUUGAUCAGAGACUCCUGCCUCCUAAUGAUAGUGUCGCCGAACAAGUGGUGUCUGUGCUUAAUUUUGCUCUAGCGUGUACACGAUUAGCACCCGAGUCAAGACCUUCGAUGCGUACUAUUGCACAAGAAUUAUCGGCUAGUACUCAACCUUGUAUAAUUGAACCAUUAGACCAAAUUAGAAUCGACAAGUUAUCAAGUUUCCAAAAAUAGAAAGAAACUAUUUUUUUAAGAUCAUUUCACGUAUCAUUAAACAAGCAGUGAAAUUUAAAUAAUCUAUUGUAUAGUCCUAGUUGUAAAUUUGAUACAUGUAUUUUUUGGGGUAAAUCGAUGUUCUAGGAAAAUUUCAAUUUAGUUGUUUAUGGGCGAACGCAAUCCAUCAACUUAGUAUAUGAUCUUUGCAAAAGUCAUCCAUAAACUUAGUAUGUGAAACCAACCUAACACUUACCAG